AUGGCCAAGGACCAAAAGACCACUCAAAAGCGUUCCACUCUCGCUGAUGUUGUCACUCGUGAGUACACCAUCCACAUGCAUAAGCAUGUCUUUGGUCGCUCUUUGAGAAAGCGUGCUCCUCAUGCCAUUAAGUCCGUCAAGGCCUUUGCUACCCUUGCCAUGGGUACCAAGGAUGUCCGUCUUGAUCCCUCUCUUAACAAGGCCGUCUGGUCUCGUGGUGUUAAGCACACUAACCAUCGUAUCCGUGUUCGCAUCUCUCGUAGACGUAAUGAUGACGAGGAUGCCAAGGAGAAGCUCUACUCUUAUGUUACCUUCGUUCCCUGUGUUGACUUCAAGGGUCUCAACACUGAAGUUGUUGAGGAUGAGAACUAA